GUGGCUUGAUUCCCUUCGAGGCUGCAUUGUUCGUUCUUUGGCCUGAGAUGCGAGAGAAUCAAGAAAGUGAAGUUGCAAAGCGAACUCAUUAGUGACGUAAUGUCAGGAACAACCUAAAGUAGACCUCGUCACAUCUAUUGUUUGACAGCCUUGAGUCUUUUGAUUCAGAUAGAACAACCCCGCCCCUUCCUUAUCUUUAUAGCAUUUGUCUCUCAAAAAUAAGCUUUGCAUAGUCUCCACAGGUACGGUGACAGCCUUUUGAAUAACCGGCCAUCAUGAGCUUGCACUGGACACUGAUCGCCGGGUUCCUAUAUGGCGAAAUUGCCACCUUGAUCCUCUUGCUCAUCCCAUUCAUCUCGGCCAGUCGUUGGAACAAAUUGUUCAAAUCGCGGUUCUUCAAGGGUCUGGAAAAUCAGCUUAUCUAUUACUUCUAUGUCUUGGUUGCCAUUCUGGUGCUGUUCUUCCUCGAUGCUCUCCGAGAAAUGAAGAAGUAUAGCGAGGAGAGCGCCCAUACCGAAGGAAAUGCCGCCUCCCACUUGGAUACCCAAAUGCAACAACACAUGCGAUUGUUCCGGGCCCAAAGGAACUUUUAUAUCUCAGGAUUUUCCCUCUUCCUUUGCUUGGUGAUCAAAAAGAUGGUCAUGUUGAUCUCUCAAAAUGCUUGUUUGGAGGCCGAACGUCAUGCAGCCAUGAAGCAAGCCACGUCUGCGUCCAAGGCCGCCGAGUCUUUGAUGAGCUCGGGAUCUGCCAAAGACGAGUCGACUUUGGAGAAAAAGCUAAAGGAGACCGAGACAGAGUUGAGCACGGCCAAGAAAGAUUUGGAAAGCAUGAAGACCCAAUCUGAGAAUCUGAGCACUGAAUAUGAUCGCUUAUUGGCGGAAAAAGAUCGCUUGGAACGCAAGGUUAAGGUGUUGGAUGGAGGAGAUGAUAAAAAUACUAAAAAGGACGACUGAUGUCUCAGUCUUUAGGCCAGCAUUGUUGGGCCAAUUAUGCAUCUUUUAUUGAGUUUUGGAAGAGACGUUGUUUCAUUAAGAUAAUGCUAAUUUUAUUCCAAUA